GCGUCCCUCUAUGACCGUUACGCCUGCGCAACUUUGAGCGUAAUUUGAAUAAUUCCUGUAUACAACAAGAACCGUCACUCGUAACUGUCAACUUUUUUUCCCGUAUUUUAUCGGAUACAGUAUACUAUAGGAGCUGAAGUGAGCACACGUACACCAUGCCCAGUACAACAAGCUUUGGAGAUGGUGAUGCUGUCAUGUCCAGGUGGCCAGGCAGCACCUUAUGGUUCAAAUCCAAGAUUCUUCGUGUAAGCGAGGAUGGAUACAAAGUGCAGUUUGAAGAUGGCACCGAGGAAGAGAUCCCAUUGACAGAUGUGAAGUCGGAAUCCUACUUCACCAGAUCAAGGUCGCGUUCAAGGUCAAGGUCACCAGGCAGAAGAAGAUCUCGGUCACCAGCACGCAAAUCAUCCCCUGCCCGAACACAGCAGUCUAGGAAGCCUAGAAGUCCAGGAAGGAAGCCUGCAGCAGUAAAGAAAGAAGUGGUUGAAACACCAGUAUCAAGAACACAGGAGAAGAGGACUGAAUCAAAACUCAUCUCAAGGGUUAUAGGUAGUCUUGUAUUUGGGAGUCCAUCGAAAAGAGCUAGAAAGACACAGACAGUGACCAAGACAGAGCAUCAUUCAUACACAACCAGAGCACAGACAAGAUCAGGCAAGCAACAGCUAGAAUUACCAGUAAAGAUGAAGGCAGGAAAAGUUGCUAAAACCACACACUAUGAAUUUGGAGGUCCAAUUGGGACGUUCUUGAUGAUCUUUGGCCUACCGUUGGUGGUGUACUUCCUGUACUUCACCUGCCUGCCAUCGGGAUGCAAGCUGGUCUACAACCCACCUUUCUCCCUGGACUGGAGGGAUUACUAUGACCAGGAAGCCUAUCUCUUCUACGUGGGAUGGUUCCUCUUUCAAGCCAUCCUUGCUCUCCUUCCAUUUGGAAAGGUUGUACAAGGUCAGCCUCUCAGGUCUGGACAGAGGUUGAGCUACAGGACCAAUGGUCUGUUUGCCCUUAUUGUGACCUGUGCAACCUUUGGAGGUAUGAUCUACUACAAGUGUCCUGUGACCUUGAUUGUGGACAAGAUCCUGCCUUUGAUGACAGCCUCAGCGCUCUUCUCUCUCCUCCUCAGCACCCUUCUCUACAUCAAGGCUAGGUGUGGACCAAACAGUGCUCUGGCUACUGGUGGAAACUCUGGCAACUUCUUCUAUGAUUUCUUCAUGGGUCAUGAGUUGAACCCUCGCCUUGGAAGCCUGGACCUCAAAUUCUUCUGUGAGCUCCGACCUGGUCUCUUCCUUUGGGCCCUGAUCAACAUGGCUUGCCUGACUAAGGUAUGGACCGAGUUCCCAGACAACCCUCCAUGGAACCUCAUCUUGGUCUGUGUCUUCCAGUUCCUCUAUGUCUUUGAUGCCCUGCUUUAUGAGUCUGCCAUCCUGACUACAAUGGACAUCAUCCAAGAUGGCUUUGGCUUUAUGCUCGUCUUUGGAGAUUUGACCUGGGUGCCUUUCACAUACACCCUACAAGCUCGCUUCCUAGCUGAUCACCCACCAGCCUUCCCAGACUACUGCCUUAUCCCGGUUGCUCUGCUCUUCUCCCUUGGAUACUUCAUCUUCCGUAUGUCCAACAGUGAGAAGAAUGCUUACAGGCAAAACCCAUAUGGCAAGAAUGUUGCAGGUCUUCAGACCAUUCCAACAGACACGGGCAAGAGGUUGCUGGUAUCAGGUUGGUGGGGCUUUGUACGUAAGCCUAACUACCUGGGAGAUCUACUCAUGGCACUCUCUUGGUCGCUAUGCACAGGUUUUGUGAGCAUCGUGCCCUACUUCUACCCCAUCUACUUCUUCGUCCUCCUCGUUCAUCGGGAACGAAGAGAUGACGCAUCCUGCAGGCAGAAGUAUGGAGGAGCAUGGACCAAAUACUGUGCUACCGUCAAGUACAGGAUCAUUCCUUACAUCUACUAGAAUGUCUCUCUCUCUCUCAUGAGCCUCAUGGACAAUUGUGUAUUUCCAGCCAUUGACAUUGGUGCUUCGUCAUUCAGUGUGAUUAUUUCUUUUAGCUAUUAUCUAACACAUGGAUGCAUUCCUUUAUUUACUCAAACCCUUGCUGCACUGCUAACAGAAUGGAUUAUGACCCUCAUCAUUUGCUCAGGAGAUGUCAUAGAGCAUCCACUUGCCUCUAUAUAUUUUAGGAUAACUAUUUUGAUGUGUGUAGAAAUUGGCAUGCUGACAAAUAGAAAAGGUGUCUUCAACGAACGUAUUAUCCCAGAGAAGGCUGGAUGGAAAUGCACCAGCUUUUGAUAGUUGAUAUGAUGACCUUGACUGAUGUCUACAAUUAGGGAUUCAUGGUGUUGGGCUCGUAAUGAAGAUUGUAUGUCAAUCUUUGUUUAAAAAUAUGGUUAUAAGAUUUGAUGGCUUCUCAUGGGUUUUGGUCUGUUUUUAUGAUGGGCCCCGUCUUAUCAAGAGUUGAAAGCAUGUCUGCAUUUUAUGCUGCAGAGUUUGCAAAUAAAAUGUACCAACUUAAUUUUUAACACUAAUAUGAUGCUCAGGGCAGGAUUUCACAAAACUGUCAUAAGUACAAGUUUGCUGACAUCCAGUUGAAGUGCAUGUUAAUUUUAAUACGCAUGUUUUAAUGGAAUGUCAGCUAACUUGUCCUUGUGAUGGUUUGUGAAACACUGCAAUUUUGCAUGUGUAAAUUAAAGCAAUUGUUCUUGCACUAUGAUGAAGAUUCAAUUUGGUAUGUCUCAAUUAUCCAUUCUUCAUUCCAGUAAAGUGAGAUGUGUUUUACCCAAUGAAUGGCACCACCCAUUGUAUGUAAUAUAUGUAAAUAUGUACAGUACUUUGAUUGUACCCAUCCCAAAGAAUGUGCAGGUAAGCUGUUAUGUGUAAGUUUAUGGUCAGAUGGUUCUUUUUAUAACCCAUGACUUGAUCAGUAUUUCUUAAAUUAUUAAGUCUCAUCUCUCUAAUGGGCUUCUUUAGUUUAUGUGUUUUACAAGUACAUUGUAUAUAAUUAUUUAAUGGAACACAGUGAUUAUGAUGUACGCUAAGCAAUCAAUGCAAGAAGCAGAAAAAAGUAAGCAUGCCUGAGCUUUUCUUGAAGUGAUCUUAUCCCGGCAGUGGAGGGAUUGCUAUUCAAUUAACAAAUAUUGAUUAGUGCUUUAUGGAUAGAAGAAUUGGAUAGCAAUAGAUGUUAAAGAGUCCUAUAUGUACAGUGUAUUAGAUUGUGCAUAUCUUGACAUAAUCUUGUAUUCCUUUUACUUCUUAUUCUUGCUUCUUCAUUGAGCUUUGCUACAAAAUAUGGAAAUUCCUAUUUCCUUUAAUUACUUUCAAUUUCAAUUUCAAUUUUUUUUAAAUUUAUCCUUACAUCUGAUGUGGCUGUUAUACACCAUUAUUUGACCCUCCCUUCCAUGGAGCUUCAAUAGUACAUUCUUAUGCAAGAAAAUUGUAAAAAUGUUUCUAUGUAUGUAGCGUUUGCUCACAUGUAUUUAUUGAACUCAUGGUAGAUAGCUUCAAACAAAAUAACAAUGCAUUAUGGAGUGUGUGAUGUGCAAAAAAAUGUUACUCUUUUUGAGGUGCCAUAUUAAUGUUGAACUGUAUUUGAUUUUUGUUUCAUUUUAGGUACUUACAUCAUUACCGAUGUAAAUGUUUUUCCAUAGCAAACACUAGCCUGAUAAUUGAAGAACAUAGUUUGUUUGUUUCUGAUUUUACUAGAAUAUGCAUCUUUUCAUGAACUUCCAACUUAAAUUUUGCUUUAGAGGUUUUGUUGCUACACUUGCUAUCAUUUUAGCCAAGCAUUUAAUUUUCCUUGCAGUGCUUACACUCGUAACAUGCUAGGUUGAAAGAUGCUAUAUGUUUGAUGCGUACAAAACUUGGAACCGAGCAUAUGCCUUGAAUAAGAUGUGAUAUUAUUAAAAAAUCUGAAAUAUUGACAAAUGACAGUACAAAUAAACUUUUGAUAGGUAUUUGAAUGAAUUACAUGUGUUUGGCAAUACACUGUACAAUUGUUUAUUAUAAAUAAUUUUUUAGACAUUCUUGACAAAUGACGGGCUAUGUACGUAUACAUACAAUUCUUGUAAAUAGAGAUUUUGUAAAUAUAUGUGUAUAAUAAAUGGACUUUCUGUGAAUCUGUGGUUUUAAUGCAUUUAUCUUACUACGUUUAUCUUGUAUUCAUUCAGGGACAGAAAUUGUGUAUAUUCAUUUAUGACUAAGAAAUCUUAUCAAUUUAUUAUUUAAUAGAAUUCCUGCCCUUUUUUUUUCAGUUUUCCAAUUGAUGUGGAUAAGUGACACUAUGGCCCGAAUUCACAAAGGAGGUUUGUCGACAAACCGAGGUUUAAGUGCGUCAUACGGCGCGUUUCGACACGUUUUUACAAACCUUGGUUUAUAAAAAAACAAAAGGAGGUCGACAAACCUCCUUUGUGAAUUCGGGCCUAUGUGUCCCUCAUAAUCCCUGAACGGUAUUCAUAAAUGCCAUGUCUUUUGUUAUUUACAUUAUUCAUGUGCGUAAACAUUUUUUAAUGUCAGCUUAGAAUAAACAUGCAAAAUACCUACGUUGUAUGCAAGAAAAACUAGCUUAGUAAUAGCAUGUAUACUUGAACAACCAUGAUCUUCAUGUAUCCUGUUCUUUGGUAGUAUACAUUUUUCAAUGUAGAUGUAUUUUUAUAACUGCAAUUUGGAAACUUCAUGUUCUUUCUACAUUUUUUGCUCAUAAUGAAUAUAACAGUUUUGUAAGAACAACAAACAUGGAUAUUGUAUGAGAUUAUAAAGGAGUUGUGGUAAAUAAAUGUGUGACUUAGUUAUA